AUGCCUUCCGAGAACGCUCAGUCCGUCAAGAUUCUUGACGAGCUCUUCCAGAAGCUCACCGUUUCCAAGGAGGCGGCUGAUAUCAAAGACUCUGCAAAUCAACUGGCCAGCUUCAUCAACGGCCGCAUUGAGGAUCAGGAUGUUCCAAACAAGACCAUCGACAGUCUGAAGAAGAGCCUUGGCAACAAGAAGGAUGCUGUGGCUCGUGAGCAGGCUUGCGUUGCCAUUCAGGCCAUAGCUGCCCACUCUGAGGUUGCUGCCAACGUCGAGCCUUACUUGGUUGUUCUCCUCCCCAGUGUUCUGGCUGCCGUUGGUGACAAGAUUACCGCUGUUAAAAACGCUGCAACUGCCGCAGUUGUCGCCAUUGCUGGCGCCAUUAACGGAAAUGCGUGCAAGGCCGCCCUCCCCUCCAUCAUGGAGUCCAUCCGCACCGCGCAGAAGUGGCCCGAGAAGAUGGCUGCCUUGGACUUCAUCGAUGUCCUCAUCAAGACUGCCCCUGCCCAGCUUGCUUUCCGUGUUCCUGAUUUGAUCCCCGUCGUCUCCGAGGCUAUGUGGGAUACCAAGAAGGAGGUCAAGGAUCGCGCCUACAAGACUAUGGAGCAGAUCUGCCAGCUUAUUGUGAACAAGGAUAUCGAGCGCUUUAUCCCCGAGCUCAUCAAGUGCAUUGCCAAACCCGAGAAUGUUCCCGAAACCGUUCACUUGCUCGGCGCCACUACCUUCGUCACCGAGGUCCAGGAGCCUACUCUGGCUCUCAUGGUUCCUCUUCUCGACCGUGGUUUGGCUGAGCGCGAGACUGCCAUCAAGCGAAAGUCGGCCGUCAUUGUUGACAACAUGUGCAAGCUUGUCGACGACCCCAACAUUGUCGCUCCUUUCUUGCCCAAGAUGAUGCCUGGUCUCCAAAAGAAUUAUGACAACUUGGCCGACCCUGAAGCGCGUGAGAAGACGAAGCAGGCUCUGGACACCAUUACCCGCGUCGGUCACGUUGUCGACGGCAAGAUUCCCGAAGUCCGCAACGAUGGCGACUUGAACAUUGUUCUCGGCAAGCUCAAAGAAAUCCUGGCCCCCAAGUAUGCCACUUACCUCGACAAGAUGGGCCCUGUUGCCGAGUACAUUGCUGCCAUGGCUGGCCAGCUCAUUGACGAGAAGGAGUCGGAGAACGCCGUCUGGGUGGACAAUCUGAAGGCUUACAUCGCCGUCAUCACUGGCAUCGACAAUGCCGAGGCUACUGUCGACGCUCUGCGCAAGCGCGCUUCCCCUGGCGCCGCUGAAGAGGAGGCUACGGAGCCCGACGAGGAGGAGGGCGAGGACCUCUGCAACUGCACCUUCUCUCUCGCCUACGGCGCCAAGAUUCUGCUCAAUCAAACCCACCUCCGCCUGAAGCGCGGACAACGCUACGGUCUUUGCGGCCCCAACGGCUCUGGAAAAUCCACCCUCAUGCGCGCCAUCAACAACGAGCAAGUCGAGGGCUUCCCCAAGCAGAGCGAAGUGAAGACUGUCUUCGUCGAGCACGAUCUUGACUCUGCCGAUACUGAGAUGACCACCAUUGACUGGACCAUGAAGAAGCUGGAGGAGGCUGGCGUCAAGACGACCCAGGCCGAUGUCGAGAAGCAGCUAGUCGAGUUCGGCUUCACCCCCAUGAUGAUUUCUGGCGAGAUUAGCGCCCUUUCUGGUGGUUGGAAGAUGAAGUUGGCAUUGUGCCGCGCGGUCUUUGAGACUCCCGACAUCCUGUUGCUCGAUGAGCCCACCAACCACUUGGACGUCAAGAAUGUCAAAUGGCUCGAGGAGUACCUUGUCAACUCUCCUUGCACGUCCAUCAUUGUCUCGCACGACUCUGGCUUCCUCGACAAUGUCUGCCAGCACAUUGUCCACUACGAGCGUUUCAAGCUCAAGCGCUACAGGGGCAACCUGGCCGAGUUUGUCAAGCGUGUUCCCUCUGCCAAGUCGUACUACGAGCUCGGCGCCUCGGAGAUGGAGUUCACAUUCCCCGAGCCCGGCUUUCUCGAAGGUGUCAAGACCAAGGCCAAGGCAAUCUUGCGUGCCACCAAGAUGUCCUUCCAGUACCCCGGUACCUCGAAGCCUCAGAUUUCGGACAUUACUUUCCAGUGCUCCCUGGGCUCUCGUAUCGCCGUCAUUGGUCCCAACGGUGCCGGCAAAUCUACUCUGAUCAACGUCUUGACCGGUGAGCUCAUCCCGACGCAGGGUGAGAUUUACCAGCACGAGAACAUCCGUAUCGCCUACAUCAAGCAGCACGCCUUCGCCCACAUCGAUAACCACCUGGACAAGACCCCCUCCGAGUAUAUUCAAUGGCGAUUCCAGACUGGCGAAGAUCGCGAAACGAUGGAUCGCGCCAACAAGGUCAUCACGGAAGACGACGAGAAGGCCAUGGACAAGGUGUUUAAGAUUGAGGGCACUCAGCGCCGCAUCAUUGGCAUCAACUCGCGCAGAAAGUUCAAGAACAGCUACGAGUACGAGUGCUCGUGCGCCAUUGGCGAGAACGUCGGCAUGAAGAAUGAGCGCUGGACCCCCAUGAUGUCGGCAGACAACGUGUGGCUGCCGCGUAACGAGCUCUUGGCUUCUCACCAGAAGAUGGUUGCUGAGGUUGACAUGAAGGAGGCGCUUGCCUCUGGCCAGUUCCGACCGCUCGUCCGAAAGGAGAUUGAGGCUCACUGUGCCAACUUUGGCCUCGACGCCGAACUCGUCUCCCACUCGCGUAUGCGUGGUCUCUCUGGCGGUCAGCGUGUCAAGACUGUGCUGGCUGCUUGCUCGUGGCAACGACCUCACCUGAUUGUGCUCGACGAGCCUACCAACUAUCUUGACCGAGACUCUCUUGGCGCCUUGUCCAAGGCUUUGAAGAAGUUUGAGGGUGGUGUCAUCAUCAUUACGCACUCUGCCGAGUUCACCAAGGACUUGACCGAGGAAGUCUGGGCCGUCAUGGAUGGCAAGAUGACUCCUUCUGGUCACAACUGGGUGUCCGGUCAGGGUUCCGGACCUCGUCUCAAGGCCGACGACGAUGACGAGGAAGAAAAGUUUGAUGCGAUGGGCAACAAGAUUGUUAGCACCAAGAAGAAGGCCAAGUUGACGUCUUCUGAGCUGCGAAAGAAGAAGAAGGAGCGUAUGGCCCGCCGCAAGCGUGGUGAAGAGGUGUUCAGCGACGAGGAUGAUUGA